AUGGCAGCGCAGGGCGCCUCCUCAGUCCUUUUAUCCAACCUGUCUCCCUCGUCGGUGUCGCCACCAGUACCGCCGCCGACCCCGAUCUCGACCUCGACCGCGCUCUCGAAGUCGCCCCAGGAAUCGAAUCCGAGCUCUCCGACCCUGCCGCCUGGCUGCGCCUGCUCUGAGGUCACGUUGCCCCUCGCCGUGUUUUAUGGGCCGCUGGACGCUAAAAACCCGCUCCUGGCCACCUGCGAGAAGGAGCUCCGGGAGUUGCUAGGCUUUAUGAGGAAAAAGAAGACUUUAGCGACUACGGAGGACCAGGUGCAUGAAUUCCACCGGCGUUGUGCCACCUCUUUGUUUAAUAUCUGGACCAAAUACGCCCCCCGGCUGCCAGCUGCCUAUUACAAUGAAAAGCUUCUGAAGGUUGGAGAUAGCCUUUGUCAAAUGAAAGAAUACAAACUGGCCCUUUUACAGUGCUAUGGAAGAUACCUUCAGCAGUUCACUACCAACUUUGAUGAGAAUACAACAGAUGUGACACAAUUCAAAACUGUCUUUUUCCCAAAAGGCCUUGGAGACAAAACUGCUGGACUGACAUUUCAUGCUUUAAACGGCAAAAAUAUUUGCAGCUACCAGCUAGUCUGUGAGAGUGAUAUAAACCUGCAGAAUAAAGAAUCUGUGACCCAGUGUCUGCAAAUCUUGUCCUCCUUAAGACUCAUCAUGCAGGUAGCCCUGCCACAGGAGCACCUUUGCUGGAUUAUCUUAAAUGGUACCAUUUACAUUUACACUAUUUGCAGAAAACUGAUGAUCAUAGGCCAGUCUUCAAAGGCCUUAGAAUAUCUCCUGUGGGCCUGUAUUUGUAUGGAGUCCUCGGUACCACUCCUGUCUGUCAGGUACUUGACAUGGAGAGCCACUCUCUACACUGCUGUUUGCCAGUGCUACUAUGACUGCCAAGUUGGUAUUCAUGGAGAGACAUUUGCUCGGCGUGCUUUAGCUAAAAUUGAUGAGUUAAGACAACUGGAAUUAAUGAGUUCCUCGCGGCCACAGGAAGAAUCUAGAAGACAUUACAGAGAGGCCACAAUAAAGAUGGCAGUGAUGAUCUUCAAAAGAGGAGUAUUUGAAUCUAGAAGAAAAAGCAAAUCUAUCUUUAGACCAAAGCAAAGAGUUAACCUAAGGGAAGCACAAACUUCACCAUGGCCACGUACUCUUACGGAAAGGUUGUUGGAUGAGAUGUUCGAUAGCACUGCAUCCCGGUUUCUGGCCGUUUUAGAAGCUCUUUCUGAUUCAAAUAGACGGAUACUGCAAACGGGUCCUGUUGUUACAGAUGAAAUAGAGCUUCGUGAUGUUGCCUCAGAACUGUUUAUAGCAGGAAGAGAACUUUUAAUAGUUUCAAAUGCUGGCACAGAUGGAAUGCUUGGAUUUUCAAAAUCAUCUCUCCUGGAACAUGUUAUAGAAAGAAAAAAUGUUAUCUCUCUAAGUGCUGCUGUGAAAUUUAUAAAAUUAGCUUUUAGCUAUGAGGAAUGGAGUUUAUUUGAAUCAUCAGCUGCUCAACUUAUUUAUUUUCUCCAGAGGCAAGAUGAUCCAGAGUCAAAGAAAGCAGAGAUGGAUUUAACUCUUCUUCUUGCAAUAGAACCUCUAAUCAAUGUAAAGAGAAACAAAGGUGUGGUCUUUCCUUUGGAAAGGUUCAAAGAAGAACAGUGUGCUCAAGCAUAUGCAAGAAAAAUUACUCUUCAGGAAUCUUGUAUGAAAACUGGUGGAUAUUCAGAAGAUAUUUUCCAGUUGGCAGCAACCUUACAUUCCUGUGUCUGCUCCUCUUCCCAGGAUGUUCAGCCUGAUAAAGAAAUAGUCGUGGACAUGAUAAUGUUCCUGUGGCAGAGAUGCAAAUUAGGAGUUCAGCGGAUCAAUAUGUCCAAAAAUGACUAUGCAAAAUUCACUCAGAAAAUCAGUACUAACAAAUGGGUUUAUCUUCUGUGGCAGAUAAAUGAAGUAAUUCAUUGCUAUAAAAUGGAAGACAUCGACAUUGUUGUGGUUGCAGAGGUCACAUUACGAUUAAGUGAAAUAUUGGAGUGUUUAGGAAACCCAAAAAGAAAAUUUAAAAGAUCUCUAGAGUUAUCUUUAAGAAAAGGGAAUGGUGAAUUGCCUAUUAACUUGAAAGGGAGCUCGGAAAUUCUUCCAAUAUUACAGAAAAACCCUGAUGAACAAUUAUAUUUCGCUUAUGGACUUCUUGACAAAGUGAUUGGGGCAAUAAAUUUGAAUUGCGUGUUAACUACUUUGCCAAAUGGAUCAUCAGUAAUUGAUCACUGUUAUACCAAGCACAUCCAAGAUGUGAAUGGAAAUAUUUACAAACCAGUUACAGCAAAUAGUUUCAUGAUGGAUUUGCAUCUUGAACUCAUUCAAGCCCAGCACCGAAUAGCCGUCAUGCUUCUUGACCAAUUAAAAGUUUUGCAGAUUCCAACUGUUAGCAAAAAUGUUUCUACCAAAGGCCCAGAAAAGUCAAAACAACCUGGAAGCACUGAUUGUUUUACAGAAUUAAAUGUAAUGAAUAAAAUAAAGAAGAAUAAACUGUCCAAAGCGAUUUACUUGAUGCAGAAAGCUCUUCUACUAUUUGAGAAAGAUGCAAACUCUAUAUCUUCACAAGACUUUUUGAUGGAAGCAUAUUCUUUAAUUGAGAAAACUGAAGCAGAACAAAAUGCUCUAUAUUUAUAUCAGAAAGACUUGGAAAAUUCGCAAAGAAAAAAAAGCAGAAUCCCUCCUCCACCUAUCCUGCUGUCCCGAACUCAUUGUUCUGUGACACUGAAACCUGCUCCAUUUAUUUCAGAUGUCAAGGUCUCCUGGUACUGCAUUUUGGGUUGCAAAGCAGAAGGAAGCUAUGGAAAAGUAAGGCUAAACAAUAACCAUCUCCCAAACUCAGGAGAAGCGAUACCAGCUGAUGGUCAAAGUGUUUUUGAAGUGAAAGGUCUAGAAAGCAAUGAAAAAUAUAUAUUUGCAGUUGCUGCUUAUUCUUCAAAUGGGGAGCUUAUUGGUGAUGCAGUUGGGGAGACAACUAAGCCAAUCCUGGUUUAUCCACCCCUUUCAGCACUUACUGCUCGCACAUUCCUGACGCAGGUUGCCUACCAGAUGGGUAACUAUGAGUUGGCUAAGAGAGUUUUUUCACCAGUUUGGGAUUAUUUUGUUGCUUCACCACUUCAGGAUGACCAGUCUGUUACUUGUUUAAGUAAUAUAAUGACUAUCACACAGAGAAGAUUAUAUUCAGACAUUUUGGCAGAGACGUCUUCGAUCCUUUUAUACCUUUUUCUUAGAAAUAUUUUUGUAACAAGUGACAUUAAAAUCAAAGAAGAAAACCUUUUCUGUGAUAAUAUUAAAGGCAAUGAGAUCUUCCCCUCUCAACAAAUUGCUAGACUAAUUGAAUGUGAGAGAGUAUUAGUGGCAUUGGAACUUAGCAACUUUCUGAAUGAUUCCAGUUAUGCCCUUCAAGCUGUGACUCAAUGUUAUGGCCUCCUUGCUCCUAUCAUCUAUCACAAUAUUGUUUUGGUACCUGUAGUACAGAUCUUGAUAAAGUGUAUAGUGGUUUUGCAAGGACUACCAAAUAUUGGCUUCUCAAAGAAACAAACUGGGAGUUUUGAAAGUGUACAGCACAUGAUAGCUUGCUGUAUCUUCUACAUCACAAAGAUUCUGCGUUCAUGGAAGGAAUAUGAUUUAGCAGUAAUGAUUAUAAAUUAUGGAAAAAAGAUGCUGGACGUCACAUCGGGGUGCAGAUCUCUUUUUGGUAUCAGUGAACAAGAAGAACCAGCAGAUGAGGGCUCUUCUAAGAAGUGUUUAAAGACUAAGAAGCCACAGCAGAUAGUAGUGCCUGAAAAAAUAAACGAACAGCUGGCGUUGUUGGAGACACACCUACUCAGACUGACAAAGCAAUAUGUUGGAACUGAACUCACAGGAGCAGAGGACCCUAUAUUUCUCUACCCUGUAGUUUUGAACUGGUCAGUCAAAGGCUCUGUGAAAGAAGUUAUGAAAUUUAAGCAGAGACCUCGAUUCCUGGAAUUCUUUACACAAGUUAUGCUAAAAUGCAUGAAUGAUGAAAAAUUUCACAUUAUAGUGGAGAUAACAACUCCUGUCCAUGACUACUUGAAAAGGAGGAAUGAGUCCCUACUUGGAGUAAAAAAAAUGAAAUUCAGGGACAGUACUUUGAAUAAAAAGUCAAGCAAACCUGUUAAGAAAUUCAAAGCUGUAGUAAUGGAGAUUGGAAAAGUUUCAGAUGUGCCAAGAAAAAAACAUAAAAGAAGGGAAACUCUAAGAGAAUUCUUUUCCAAAAAUCCAUCUAUUUCUGAAAUGUUGGAACAGGACAGAAAUAAGAGACCUGAUGUUAGAAAAAUAGCCUAUCAAUCCCUGGUGGAUUAUAUGAAUCCUAUAAUAUCAAAUUAUGUUAAAAGAAAGAGAUUCCAUCAAAUAUUUCUUGAGGAGAUGCCCUGGAGAUCUCAGAUGAACCUGUAUCUGGCAAACGCACACUUCAACCUGCUUUUACUAAAGCUAGGGGAGCGUAUGAAGAUGAAAUUUGGUACUUCACAGGCAAUGGUCAGUUUCCGAUCAUUUGAUCCUAAUAUGUUCUCAUUAUAUAAUUCAGGAACAGUAUUACCAACAGGAAAAUUUACGAUAGAAAGUUACAAAGCAAUGCUUGAUUUCCUUCUUACAGCUAAAAAAAGAAAGGCCAACUUACCAACAGAUGCCGAUGAAUUUUCUGUUUUUUUUAAUUUCAAAAUGAGUGACAAAGAUAAUCCCAAGACACAAACAGGUUCUGACUCAGACUCUCAAUCAAUUCUUAGUUCUAAGGAAAAGGACCGAGCAGCAAAUUUCUGUCUAUUGGACCAUUUUACGAAAAUCUUUUUAUAUUGCAGGAGAGCGAUGGUUCUAGCUCAUCGUGGUGGCUAUUGGACUCUGCUUCAGAACUGCUGUCGGGCCUUUUGGAACUAUACUCAGGAGCUACAAAUGCUUCUUAAACAAAUGGUUGAUCUUUAUAAAAUAUUUCCUGUUAAUCAGGAUGGUUUUCUCUGUACUUCUGUUUUACCAUUCUAUUUUGGAGCAGAAUUACUUACUGACAUGUUAAUAGAACUACAAAAUGUCAAUUCUAUUAAGAUUAUUGAAGACAAAGGAGAGUUCAGUGUUCCAAGCUGUUAUGGAAAUAUUAAAAAUGAUAAUGGCGGUUCUAGCCUUACUUUUGAGCAUCCUUUAGAUGAUGUGAAUGUAGUUGAUUUGAAAUGGAUCCAUGACUUUGUAUUAAAGUCUCUGGAAGUUUUAUAUCAAGUGGAGAAAUGGGAAACAUUAGUAUCUCUUGCCAUUAAGUUCAAUGCAAUUUCACAUGAGAGAUAUACAGAACAAGUGACACCACUACUGGUGUAUGCUCAGCGCCAGCUUCUUCAACGAAUACAACAUUUCAAGGGCCCAGAUAUUACCCAACAACCUUGUGAGAGGUAUGAGGCUGAUAACGAGGAGAAGAUAACCUGUCGAAACUUUGUUGGGAAGCAGCUCAAGAUUAAUGCUCCAACCAAUAAAGUGACACAUACAGGAAACUGGGCAGAUUUACUAAAAAAGCUCAUCAGUUCAGAAUACAGCCAUGCCAAUGAGCUUGUCUGUGUGCCCGUGGAUGUGACAGACACUUUGAAAUGUUUUAGAGAAACCUUGGAAAAAUCCAAAUAUCACAACAGAUCAAUCCGACACAGCAGAAAGUUACUGUCGUUAUUUCUUGCACAGACACAAGGAGACAGAGGAGGAAUAAGCAAUUCCAAAUUUACCCCUGGAAAGGUGGAAUUUUGUCUGGGAACAGAGGAGAUGCAUUUGCCAACGCCUCCUGACCUUUCUCAGGAACACUUCAGAGUUUCUAGUUCAGUGGAGAAAAGCAAACUCCCCUCUUCACAACUUGGACUUGUAAUUUCUUCUUAUUACAAAACCAUUGAUGUUCUCCAAGCCAGCAAUCAAAGAAGUCUGAAAGUCCAGGCACUGCAUGAACUUGGAAGUCUUCUCAUCUUUGCAGAAAAGAAAAGGGCUGCUUUUAAGUGUUGGUGUCAGGCUCUUGAUGACAUAUUCAGAAAAUCAGAUGCCCUACAUACAUGGAAGGAGUUUGGCCCAUCAUUCACUAAUACCAGUGACAACUGUUCAACUUCAGGUUUCAAAGACUACAGUGAGGAAUUUCUGUCAAAAGUUGGCAUUUGGGGAUGUUUACAAGGAGCAGUCAUAUCAGCAAAGAUAGCACAAUUUAUUAAGACAUUGAACGUUAAAAAGAGAAUCAACUGUUGCAUCUUGUCUGCAUUACUCUUUCAGGGCUUGCUGAGAACAACCCUUCCACAUCCCAAAGCUGAGCGAUGUUAUGCUCAGUAUGAAAUUAUUCAACUUCUUCCAGGCAUUGAGCUCUUCUCAGAUAGGUACAGGGCUGACAUUUGCUCUGUAGUUGCAAGUCUUUAUUAUAUUAUACGGGAACUGCACUUUGCUAAGCAAAAUCUAAUAGUUCUGCCUCUCCUUGCAUUGUACCAAUACUUUGUUUCUGGAAUUUGCCAAGACAUAGUCAGAAGCAUAGAAGCAAGACUCCUCAAGGUAGAAGUCCUUAUAGAUUUAGGAUUCUUUUCUGAAGCCUUUUAUGAAAUGUCUCAGGUUUUACAUGGAAAAAACAUGCCUUCCACAGUACCUGCUGGCUGUAAAGCUCCUGGAAAGAUAAAGAUAUUUCAAUCAUUUGACUCAGGAAAACCUCUUACUAGUAAAGAAAAUUUACAGGCACUUGAUGAGUUAAUAAAUAAAGGCUUGCCUGUAUUUCUGGUUACAUUCGGCCAACAACAUCUCUUAAGUAAGUUUUGUUUGGUCAGAGCACACUUUUUCAUAAGUGUGGCUGCAACAAUAAAUUGUAUCUCAGAAAAUACAUUGAAAAUGUGCCAUCAAGGACCUGUUUACGAGAGGAACAAAGCAAACCUCCCAAACAUAAAAGAACUUUUAAAGGAGGAUGGUAGCUCAAAUACUCAGCUCACAAAAAUUAGAGAUGAGUCCACUCUUAGCAUGCUAAAGUCAAUUUUACUGUCGGAAGCAGAAGAGAGGCUAACCUUCCUUAUAUCAGAGAUGGAGUAUUUAGGCCGCAAGGACCUCUCUCAGUGUUCUGCUGGUGAGUUGGAGAUUGUGGUGGAGGCCAGGCUUCAGCUGGCUGCAAUUGCCCUGCAGAAACACCGGACAGCAUACAGUGCUGCAAUAGUAUUUUCCAUACUCAAACUUCUCCAGGAUUCAAAACUUUUUAAAAAGAAGGUAGCACAAGAUGAUGUGGAGUAUUCCAUUCCCUCAGGAACCUCCACCACUGAAAAUAAAGAUGAGAAUGAGUUUUUAGAUCCCAUUUCCCUAAACUCCCGAGAAUAUUUCAACAUUCAUCUGUGGUUGAGGUGCCGCUUAGCAUUAGUGACUGCGUUUGUCGCACAGGUUCGUGGCAUUGGAAUCGUGAAAGAAAAUGAUAUGACAGAUUGUGUGAGCCUCAUCAAUGAAGUGUGUGUGGAGGCACAGAAUGCAGGUGACACGGAGCUACAGGCUGAAUUCUUGAUGCAAGCUGUAAUCCUUGGCCUGCAAGAAAAGCAUUUAAAGGCAGACAUCAUCACAAAUCUUGAGGCUAUCAUACAUUUGCUUGAAGGAAAUCAGUUUAUUUCUCCUGGAUCUCAUUUAACCCUGGUGAGAAGCUUACUUUUGUUGGAUGACUUAACCAAAGCGGAGAAAUUCAAGGAAUCUUCCUCUUCAAAAACAGAUAAUUUAACUUUGUUGACUCAGUCUCACAACAUUCUUAUUGAUCAGAUGCUAACUUUUGGAGAAACAAUUGAAUUUCCGAUAUCAAGCACUGAAUAUGCAAAUCCAUUGCAGCCUUUGAAAAAUAUCUAUCUUCCUCAUGUCAUGUUAUUGGCCAAAAUAAAAAUGAGAAUUGGACAUACAGUGGCCAAGCAAAUAUGUUAUACCAAUAAAAAGAAGGACCCCUCAAAGUGGUUACCUGCUCUUCAUCUCUUUGAAAUGGCAUUGAAGCUUUGUAAGAUAUCGGCAAUAGAAGAACGUGAGGUAGAAGCUGAAAUUCUUUUUCAGAAAGGCAAAAUAGAACGUCAAAUAUUGACAAACCAGCAAUCUCCGCAUUUCCAACAUGAGAGUUUAUUUGAAGCUGUACAACUAAGCCUGAAAAACGAUCAAAACUCAGGGUUAAUAAGAGACUCCUACCUAGAAAUGGCCCUAUUAUAUUUUCAUCUGAGAAAACCAAAGAACAGACUUUCAACAUCACCAUUAACAUUUAAGGUUCCUUCCAGAAGGCAGAGUUCUAUUAAAGACCCAGCAUUAAGUAAAUUUGAAAUGUACAGUGCCUUGGCCUGGAUUGCAAUAAGAGCCGCUGCACAGGUCAGUGAAGCUGUGCUGGCAAUUAAUCUGCUUAUUGGAAAGAAGAAUGCUAAAACUGAUAAAGUUAACCAGGUGACAUUACCAACUAUCCCAGAAUUUGCUGCCGUGGAUCUUUUAUCUUCAUAUACAGACUAUUUGCUUGAUAACUACCAAAUUGCCUUGCAGACUGGCUCUGCAUGUUCACAGCAAUAUGAUGACAUUUAUGACAAUACAGAUGCUAAAAAAAAGACUCAGACCAAAGUUGAUAUUACAUGGAUCCUUCUAAUUCGCUACUAUAUUCAUUUGCAAAGAAUUAAUAAUAUGAGCAAACUGUUAGCAUCUACAAAGCCAGGAUCUGAAAUUUCUUUGCCAGAUGAUACACUGUACACCUCCUUUUUCAACUCUGGAUUGAUUUUGCGCCAAAGAGAAAUGCAUUUUUUCCUGAAAAAAUUCUUACAAAUGUAUUCUUCUGCUUGUAUUGAAGAAUUCCCUAAAGAGCUUUAUCAAGGAUUGGAAAGGCCACCUCUUUCAGAAAAAGUCUUAUAUGAGUCAUCAGUCAAGUUAUAUCGUGAGAGUUCUGUACACUCUGUUUUAUCUUCAAAGCUCCUUUCCAGUCCAUCGUUAACAGACAUGUUGCCAUUAGACAUGGCGCUACAAGCUAUAAACAAAGAACUUUGCUUUCAAUGGUACAUUCCUCCCCUGGAAAGACCUUCAAAGGAAACAGAACCUAUGGUUUUAUUAUUGUAUGCAUAUAACUUGAAGCCCCUGAAGAUUGUAGAUGUUAGACAUCCCAGUUCCAGCAAUUUAUUUGUUGGGUCUUUCAUUGUUCCACUGAACAGAGUUAUUUCAGUACAUGAGAAGCUAUCUAAUCUUGCGCAAAUAGCUGAAAUAUCAUUACCAAGAGUUCCUGAGAUUACUUCAGAUGAAAGCAUAACCGAAAUAGAAGCAAUAGAAGAGAAAUCAAUUGAUACAGAAAUGGAAAACGUGAUUAUUGAAUGUUGCUCUGAAAUAACAUCUCUCCUUACGAUGGAUAGAGAGACGACACCACUAAGUGAGAUUCCAUUUGAUAUCUCGCUGCCAUCUAUACUGAAUCUUGAGAGACUUUUUGACCUUGCGAGUGGCUGCAUCAUAUCAGGAGGAAGCCUUUUCAAUUGGAUCGUGUCGAUUAUCUCUUGAACAUUAUUUACGUGGUAACCUUAGAAAAGAUUUAAUUACUAUUCUUUUCCUUGGCGUGAAAUAAAUUUUAGGAAUUGUCCUCAAAUUGUUUUCUUAACAAGCUAAAUUUAUUUUAAAAUGAAGUGGCUCCCCAGUAAACAUUCUUUUCCUUUCCUUUAUUCUUGCUCUCUUCUCCCUCCCCUUCCCCCAAUCGAUAACCAAUGUUUUAAAUUGCAUUUGAAUUAAAUGACAGUGUUGUUACCUAUUAAAACUAUCUUGCAGAGUUUCUCACAGACACUGUGCACAGUGCAACUCUUCCUAUGCUUAUCGCAGUUUACAUUUAGGUUGUCUUUAGACAUGUCCUUACAGAAAGAUCAGACUAAACCAGUGGUUCUCAACUAGGGGCAGUUUUUUCCCUCAGGUGACAUUUGGCAAUGUCUAGAGACA